AUGAGCUGCUGUUUUCCAAAAUGUCGUAAAUCCAAACGAGAAGAUCGCUACAAAGUGAAAGAGGAAGAUUCGGCGCCAGCACCUCCAGAAGUUCGAGUCGAUCCGCCUGAACCGGUUUUCUCGUGGGACAAACGAGAAAACGUGGAUCUUUCUCAUUACACAGUCGCAAACAUCCACGGAGAAAGUCAUAAACGCGAAGGAAACACUAAAGAUGCGAUGCAAAUUGAAAAUUGCUCGGUAACGAUUUUUAAACUUCCAAAAAAUUGAAAUCAUGGAAAUUUUCAGGAGGCCUCAGUCUUUCUGCUCAAAACCACCGCCUCACUAACAAUCGACGAUUGUCGAGAUUGUCUUCUCAUUUUAGGGCCAUGUUCUGGAAGGUAACUUUUUAUGAAUGUUUGAUCGGGUACUAGAAAAUUCAAAAUCCAGAGUGGAAGAUUCUGGAAAAGCAGCUGAAAAUUACAAUUUUCAGCGUGUUUAUUCGUGACUGCACAAAUUGCAUCAUUUUGACUGCUUGCCAACAACUUCGGCUUCGAGAUUGUCACAAUGUUAAAAUUGCAAUUCUUUGUCCAACUCAACCGAUUAUUGAAAAUUCAGAUGAUAUUCAUUUUCACCCAUUGGCGCUGUUUUAUGAGGAUUUCAAAAGUAAUAGCGGUUUUUGAUGAAAAGUUAGGAACAAUUAUAUCGAAAUUCAAAUUUAAUGCAGAAUUCAGUUCUAAAUCAUGUUUUCGAAUGGAAGUUUAUAAUUUUUUUGUUGGAAGUGUUUUAUUAAAACUUCGCCAAAUUCCAAGUUCUCCACAGCUCAAAAAAUCUAGGUUUCGAAGCUUCCUCAAGCCCAGAGUUCUGUACUUCUAAAAAAUUUCAGCUCAAAAUUUUCCAGAUCAAAUGUGUGAAUCGGGUCUAAGUCUCUUCACAAAUCGCGUCAAAACCGCUCACGAUUUCACGCCAGAAGGAAAUCGCAAGAAUUUUUUGAUGCAUGGUGGAUUUGUAAGCAUUGUGAGUUGGCCAACAUUUUUAAUGAAACUAAAAAUAAUUUCAGGACGAAAAAUAUCUGGAAGUCAUGACCAAAGAAAACAUCAGUGUUGAGACUGCAAAAUCAUCUUUGCCAGUUUUCAAACCACCAUCUGUUACCAAAAAAGAGCUUCCAAUUUUUAUUUAUUCAAUUCGAGAGACCGAUGAAAGUCGAGAUGAUUUUUCGGAGAGAAUUUGCACUUUUACCGAGAUUUUGAAAGAUGUUCAAGAUUUGAAUUUGUUGGACUCGUAUGACAUUGAGACAAAAAAUAUUGAUAAAUCAAUAUUACCAGUGGAUGGGAGUUAUGGUAAAUUAUUUUAUCAGAUUGUAAAAAUUAUUUCGAAACAAGUUUUGUUUAAAAAUUCACGUUGCAAAUUAUUAUUUUAAAAAUACAUUCAGAAAAUUCCAAUUUUCUUGAAUUCUAGAAAUUGUGCAGCAUCAUAACAUUGAUUUAUAAAUUCAAUAUUUUUCAGAUAAUAUAAUCCUCUUUGAAAUGGUUGGCGAGUUAUCGAAACUUCAAGAAGUUUGCAAAGAGAACUUUGACAUUUUCAAAGUUUUGGAUGAGAGCAAAAUGGAGCAAGUGACCAAAUUGCUCAAAGCACAUAGAGCCAAAAAUGACUAA